UCUGCUUUAAGAGCCACCAGCGCAGAACGUGAAAAUAGCGGAAGAGAGCGGAGAUAAGUUAAAAGAAAUGGCUUUGACAACAAGAAAAGCUUUCUUCAAAGAUGGAAAAGCCUUCAUACUGUUACUAGCCCUCUGCAUCUUGCUAGCGAGUCAAACAAAUGCAAGUCUUCUGGAUCCAAGGUUGAUAGGGAGAGAGUUGCAAACAUUCGCCAGGGAUGCGCUAGGAGUGAACGAAAUGCAGCAGUACUUCGAAAGCCUUCAGUAUCACAAGGGAACAGUGCAAGGAGAUCUUGUGACUCCAGAACUUGCUGCAAAACUUUCUGACAAGUUCAAAGUAAGAUUUGAGGUCGUAAAACGGCUCAAGACAGCUAUAGAAGCAUCAUACGUCGGAGCGGACUCUGUUAAACCGGUGCCUCAAGAGGAAUGCUGCAAUGUUGUCAAAUCCACACUCAAGUAUGAUAUUCGAUUCCAUACCAAAGUGGAUAUGGACCGUGUCUGUUUGAAGAUUUCUAACAGUGCCCUUCCAAACCUCGUCUAUUUAGAUAAAGGUGUUGCCGAGGAAAUGAGAGAUAUCUCCAGAACGUAUCCUUUUAUCAAAUGGCAAUAUUUUGGAUCGGAGCAAGGUGUAAUGACCACUUUCCCCGUGUAUGACGAUAAAGAGGAUUGUGGUAGGUUUGACCCUCGUUUCAGACCAUGGUACGUGGAAACUGCUACACAUGAAGCCAAAGAUGUGGUGCUUGUUAUUGAUAUCAGCGCAUCCAUGACUGGGGAAAAACUUCACGCUGCCAAAGAAGCUGCCAAAACAGUAUUGGACACUAUGAACCCUAAAGACCAGGUUGGAGUUGUUUCAUUUUGUACUGUUGCGUCAACGCCAGGAGACACUGGGGGCAAAAUUCCAUGCUAUACUGAACGAUUAGCACAAGCAGUUCCUAUAAAUAUAAAGAAAAUGAAAUAUUAUGUGGAAGGAUUAGUACCGCAUGGUCUGAGUCAGUACAAGCCGGCUUUUGAAAAAGCAUUCAGUCUCUUCAAGGGUUCAGUUUCUGGAGAAUCGGGGAAAAAAAAGAAAAGAGUCAUUCUGUUUCUAACGGAUGGCAAACCCUCGGAUAUUAAGAAGGACUCUAUUUUCCGUACAAUAAGGGAUAAGAAUGUUGAGCUCAACAACUCCGUUAUCAUCCUAACGUAUGGAUUCGGCAAUGUAAACCAAACAAUUCUAGAAGACAUAGCGAAGCAGGACACAGCAAAAUAUGGCAUACCAGCAGAUAUCUCGGUUGGAGACAUCACAACCGGCAGAUACAAAUAUGUUAAGGACUUCAAAACCUUAAGAGGAGACAUGGCCACCUAUUAUGAUUUAUUCUCGCUGGGGACCCACCUUGAUCCAGUUGUGUCUGUGCCAUAUGUGGACGCUUUUGGAUUAGGGCAAGUCUUGACGAUUUCCUUGUCUUGUUUUCACAAUGGAAAAUUCAUUGGCGUGGUAGGGACUGACAUCACCGUUGAGGACCUUUUGUCCGACAUAACAUUCUUUAAUCAAGGCCAAAGUACUUAUGCAUUCAUGAUAAGUAACUCUGGGAGGACCCUUAUCCACCCUCUCCUACCAGCCCCUACUGAUGCCUAUGGGGACCCCUUUUUUAUGGACAUAACAACUUUGGAGCCAGAUGCAGAAUUCAAGGAGGUGUUUGAAUCGAGUUACUCAUUCAAUUACCAUCGAAUCGACCUAUACCAUACUGGCAAGAUAUGCUCUCACUUUGGAGCGAAUGCUUCUAAAGACACCACGUCCGUGAAGUUUGCUCCAGGAGCUUAUAAGGAUCCCUACAGCUAUAUUGGCAAAGACGAGACGAAGGCAGACGUAGAGUUAUUAAUCGCGUACAUGAAAGAUGACACAGGGAAGGUAACAAAUCCUGGUCUGAAGAAUGACAUCAGGGAUACUGUAAUAGCAACAUGGAAAGUGGAAGACCUGUGGCUGAGUGACAAAACUGACCUUAGCCAAUAUUUGGUUUGGAGAUACAUCGGGACAGCAAAUGGAGUUAUCAGGAGUUCUCCAGGUGUUGUGAUAGACAAACGUUACGAUCCAAGGCAGAGGCCAUGGUAUUAUUCUGCCUUGGCCCAUACGGGUUUACUUGCUCUAACUGCUCCUUAUUUAGACCUGGGUGGAGCCGGAGUUGUAGUAACCGCCAGCCGUGCACUAUACCGCGGAGAGCCGAGUCAUCUGCAUUAUACAAACGAUGAAGUGUUGGGAGUAAUUGGAGCUGACUUUCCUCUCUCGUAUUUUCAUAGGUUACUAACUGAUGUGUAUCCAAAGUGUAAGGAGACCAAAACAUACUCUUGUUUCGUAAUGGACAGCGGUGGUUUUCUUAUCAUGCAUGAGGGCUUUUUACUUGCGUCAGCCACAUCGUCUGAUGUACAAUAUGUGCAUAUCACAGAGAAAGAGAAAAAUAUCGCAGAAGACCUCAUCAAAAAGAAAUACCUGGUGAAAAAGCACUGUCGUCAUUUGGAAGAGAUUCAAAAGCAAAGCUUUUAUGAGCUCUCCUUGCCCCUCGGGGGAGCAGACACUCUUCAAAGUGGUGCAAGAUGCUCGAAAUACCAACUACAGAAAAUUAUGGGAACCAAUGCCUUCUUAGGUGUUACUGUCAGAGAUUCGUUUUGUCACCCAGAGCCGUGUUCCUGUUCCACUGAUAAAAAUUGUUCCCCUCUCAACUUGACGUGUGAGUGUCCCUGCAUGUCUCGUUUGGAUUUCCAUUACUGCCACAAUGAGUUUUACGAUAGCAGUCUCCCUAUUUGUGCGCCCUCGGCAGAGGAGGUCCUAUCAGCUGCCUGUGGUGCUCCGAGCCACAUAGUUCAAAUUAACUCAUGUAAAGAUCCUGUCUUGGAAGAUUGCCUCGUUCCCCAAUGCAGCGAGAAGAACAGUUCAGAAACGUGCGAAGGCAUCAUUGGUUGCUAUUGGUGUGAGAACAACAAAGACGAUAUACCAUUGGAGAAAGCGUACUGCGCAAGUGCUGACGUGUGCUUCAAAGGAAAGGAAGUUGGAAACGAAAUCUGCCCAAGCGAAUCACCAAGCACAGCUGUCAUUUCACAUCCCACACAAGAAAGCCACAGUUUUGAUGUAAAACCUGACAGUAAAAAGAAAUCUCGUCACUUGUCGUACGGAGCUAUCUCAGGAAUUAUUACUGGUUGUAUGGCAAUCGAAGCUGUUAUAUUAAUAGCAGUCGUUUUGAUGAUAAAGCGUUGUAAAAAUAAGUCAAGUUCGCACACAAGUCCUUCUGCCGAACAAAUGUUUGUCAUUGGAACUCAAGGUGCCUCUCCGGAUCCUCCUCAGCAGCAACCUGUGGCGCAGAUCCCCCAACCUGUUGAGCCAGUGUCUGCUGAUUCUAAUAUUUAUAAUAGAUUAAACAGAGGACCGUGUUUAAACCAAGCCUUUUAUGAUAACGUCAGAGAUAGUCCUCCAGCUGUCCCAGCAAGGAAGCAAUUACCUACGACUGUAUCAGAAGCAAGAGGUUCUUCUGGACAGACAAGUUUUGUGAUGUCCACUCUGGAUAGCUGCAGAAGGUGUUCCUCCAGUGCAGACACACAGGGCGAUGUGUCUCUGCAAAAUGUCAGGACAGGUGCAGUGCUCAUUCCAGCACCAGUGAUUCCUAAAGAAAAUCGGACUUUCCCUGAGUCUGUCUCAAAAGAAGAAAAGGUUACGGAGGAUCAGCAGCAGACUUCGGCAUUUGAUGCUGGUUACACUACCCAGGAAGUUAAUAAUGUGCAGCAGCCUGAUAGCAACGUAACACAAAAAGGUUCUGACGGGAGGCCAUCCAAAGCUACGACGCCUUCCUCUGUUGAGGUUAAUGAGCUGCCGCAUAAUUCUAACACACCAGUAAACGUUCUUACGAGACAAGAGAGUUGCGACUCUACUGUUCUUGAUCCUGACAAUAACAUAAUUUGCAUUGAUGUGUAACUUGUAAUGACGGACAAUGUUUCAAAGAGUAUUGACUCGUAAUGAAUUGCUGAAUAGCAAAU